AUGAACAUGGACCACGGUGGCCAUGGUCAACAUGAUCAUGCUGACGGGGGCCAUGGUAUGGAGAUGUCUAUGCCAAUGGUCUUCACUGCAAGCACUCAAGUCACCCUGCUAUUCAGCUGGUGGUCAACGACUACAGCGUUUUCAUAUGUCUUUACUCUCCUUUUCCUUUUCCUCCUGGUCUUACUCAACAAGUUCUUGGGGAUAUUGAAGCUUCAACUAGACCAGCAGCCAACCAACACCGACCACAAAACACAUGAGGCGCUCAAGCUGGAUCUACCUUCCUCUCGCUGGGCUCGGAAUCGGGCUUCAAAGGUUCGUGUCAGUCCUCUACUACCACGUGUGGAAGCGAACGAGGACAGCGACCACUACGGCGCGGUUUCAUCUUCUCCCCUUCUCCACCCCACACCGCAGCUUUCCUCCCAGCCGCACGGGGAGGAACCGCAUGUCAAUUCACAGCCGCGUCUGUUUCGAUCAUACAGAAAAUGGAUUUGGCAGCAAGGCAGUUUGAGCUCUUUGCUUGAGGGACUCCGUGCCUUGAUUGGCUAUGCAUUGAGAUUGUUAUCAAGGAUGCUGGCAGUAAUGACGUACAAUAUCGGUGUACUGUGUGCUGUUCUUGCGGGUGUUGUUGUCAGUGAGCUGUUCCUUGGCCGCUUUUCCCCAACUUCGUCAGGGUGGCAGGAUGGCGCAUGUCAUGAUGGCUAA